AAAGGGUAUUUAUGUAUGAGGGGAGAAAUGGAGGUAGUCAUAGCUAACAGCGAUGAAGGAGGAGGAAGAGACAUAAAUUGAUUAUAUGAACAUGAUGAAGAUGAAGACGGAGAUGGAGAUGGAGAUGAAAAGCGGAUUAUGUUUGGUUUGGGAGGACAUAACGGUGGUGCUACCGGUUGCAGGGAAAAACCGUGCCUCCUCCUCAAGAAGGUUGCUUAGUGGACUCAGUGGUUUUGCAGAAGCGGGUCGGAUCAUGGCCGUCAUGGGUACUUCUGGAUCCGGAAAAUCCACCUUCCUCGACUCCUUGUCUGGGAGGCUUUCUCCUGCUGUCACAAUGACCGGAAAUAUUCUUAUCAAUGGCAAGAAAAGAGCCAAAGAUUGUAAAGAUAUUUCUUACGUGACGCAAGAGGAUAUCUUCUUGGGAACUUUGACAGUCAGAGAAACCAUCACUUACUCAGCUCGUCUGAGACUUCCUUCCACAAUGAGCAGACAAGAGAUAAACCAGGUGGUUGAUGACACGAUUAUGCAGAUGGGUCUCCAUGAUUGUGCCGAUAGCAAGAUUGGGAAUUGGCAUUUGAGAGGUCUGAGUGGGGGAGAGAAGAAGAGACUCAGCAUCAGUCUCGAGAUUGUAACUCACCCUCAAGUUUUGUUUCUCGAUGAACCCACUACUGGACUCGACAGUGCCGCCGCCUUCUUCGUUGUUGAAGCUCUGAGAAACAUCGCACAUGAUGGUAGGAUUGUCGUCUGCACCAUUCACCAACCUAGCAGUGAUGUCUUCAACCUGUUCGACGAUUUGCUUCUGAUUUCAAGUGGAGAAACUGUCUACUUUGGAGAAGCCAAAUCUGCUGUUAAGUUCUUUGCUGAUGCUGGGUUUCCUUGUCCGAGAAAAAGAAAUCCUUCUGAUCAUUUCCUUCGGUGCAUUAGUCUUGAUUUUGACAUCAUAAGGGAAGCUUUGAUUCGGUGUCAGAGAAAUUUGGGAAUUGAAACAUUCUCAGAUUCUCUUAUGCAUCUGAAAACUGCAGAGAUUAGAGCAGCACUCAUUGAGAAAUUCAAGAAUUCUAAUUAUUGUAGCUUGACAAGAAGAAAGAUUCAUCAUAUCACUCUCUCUGUCGGGCUUUGCAGCAUUGAAUCAACUAGGCGGCCCAAUGCAAGUUGGUGGGAGCAGCUUAACACAUUGACACUCAGGUCUUUCCUAAACAUGUAUAGAGAUAUUGGAUACUAUUGGCUGAGAAUCAUAUUCUAUGUCCUUGUAGCAGUCAGUGUAGGUGUCCUCUAUCUAGAUAUCGGGCAUGAAGGACGUUCCAUUUUGGCUAGAGGGAAGUGUGUUGGUUUUGUAUAUGGUUUCAUGAUUUGUUUGUCCGUUGGAGGGUUGCCCUUUUUCAUUGAAGAAAUGAAGGUGUUCAAAAGGGAAAGGAUUGGUGGGCAUUAUGGAGAUUUUGUGUUUGUGCUGUCUAAUUUCUUGUCAUCAUUCCCAUUCUUGGUGGUGAUAUCCGUGUUGUCCGGAACAAUUAUAUAUUACAUGGUGAAGUUUCAUCCAGGAUUCUCAAACUACGGAUUUUUCUGUAUCAAUCUCUUCUGCUGCAUUUCGGUUAUAGAGGCUUGCAUGAUGGUUGUUGCCUCACUGGUACCAAAUUUGUUGAUGGGUAUAGGAAUUGGAACCGGUAUAGUAGUACUGAUGAUGAUGGCAUCUGAAAUCAGCAGACCUUUACAUGACAUUCCAAAGAUCUUCUGGCGCUACCCAAUGUCCUAUAUCAGUUUUGCAUCAUGGGCAGUGCAGGGUCAGCUCAAAAACGACAUGAUAGGGCAGGAAUUUGAUCCACUGCUGCCAGGAGACCGGGAACGGAACGGAGAGAUCCUACUGCAGACAGUGUUCGGGGUACCCCUGGAUCAUUCAAAAUGGACGGACUUGGGUGCCCUUGUUCUGCUCUCAUUUUCUUACAGGAUACUCUUCUACAUAGUGCUCCGAUACACGAAGCCGGCCUCUUCAUUGUUUCAUGGUCUGUUUUCGAGAAGAACUCAUCCCCACCAGUCUGCAGCAGGUGGUAGGACACCAUCCCUGCGGAGGGACAGUUUUAUCUCCUCCAAAAGACAUAAGCCAUUGUACCCUUUGUCUUCUUUGGAGGGUGCAGCUUCUCCACCUCUGCAACCUUGAUUACCUCUGCAAUCUUGUUUAUUUAUAUUAUCAAACACUAAUUUCAUACUCAUGUAUCACAAGGUAGAGAAAAAGUUUUAUACAAGCA